GACAGACAAGGUUAAAGAUAAUUUCACUGGCCUAUCACUCUUGAGCUGUGGUUGUUAAGCUGCCACAGUCCUUCAACCUACUCACAUACAACAUAGAACUCCGACACGAUGCCUGAAGAAGCGAACGAUAGUGGGGAUUACAGCUUGCUGUACCCCAAAAAGAAGAAAAUAUUUGCCUUUAAGAUCAACGAUGAUAUGUAUCAAGCCUUGAUGGCCAAUUCGGAGAGAGGUCGGAUGACACUGACUCUUCCAGAAGCUGGCAAACGAUUACAGAAAGGCGCGCUGACCUUAUCCGCGGAAGGAAUCGAGGACUCAGUGUGGAACUUCACAGAGAAGCCAAUCCCAGACAACAAGCGUCUAGGAGACACUGUUGUGCACCGUCAAGGAACGGACUACUUCCAGAGCAUCGGGAGUACCUCGUCAAGAUUAGAGUUCCCGAUUACUCUGUCGAAAUCACUCGCCCAGAGAACGCGAGAUUGGACCAUGGGGGCACAGAAGAACAAAGACGACAAAGUGACGCAAAUCAUCAAGCGUGACGCUCCGAAAGAGAAACACGGUUAUGGCAAAUUUAGCAGUCAGACCAUAGGAAUCACAACUAAGCCUCAGGCUGUAUCUCGUGGUACGAUGUCUGGUCGAGUCAAUCUGACCGCUAAGACCACUACUACUGGGCGACUCAGUGUCUCUCCAGCGCCUGAGCAAUCGAAACCAGCACACAAGACUGCGGAAGAGGCUAAGAAUUUCCGGGAGAGGGUGGUUCAUCUCUUAGCUUUGAGGCCCACAAACAGACAAGUAUUGGAGUCACGGUUGCACAUCAAAACGGACGAUCCGAACUUGACAGCCUUAUUGUCGGAGAUAGCUAUCACUCAGGGUAUCGGUGAGAAUGAGUACAAGCUUCGGGAUGAGAUCUACAAGGAAGUCCAGCCAGGGUACACACGGUUCAGUCAGUCAGACAAGACAAAUGUAAUGGAAAAAGCAAAGGCCGCGCUUAGGAGAACAGGGAUGAGUGAUGCAGCUAUCGAGAAGACGCUCAAUCCACCCCCACCAGUGAGUGCUGAAGGGUCUGAUGAUAGCGACGCGCGCCCUGGCAAGCGUAAGUCAGACGCACUAUCGCCACCUAACAGUGCUCCGAUUGUCCCAGCUGCCAAAGCCAGUAGUGCGAAGAAGGCCUCCAAUUUUCUCAAUAAGCGACAACGAACGGAUGUGAGGUUGAAAAGCAAAACGCCUGUAAAAGGAGCCACUCUGAAAUCGCCCAAUCCCGCCGCUGGAAAGUCCCCCGCAAAAUCACCACUUAUGCCGCAAUCGAACGCCAGCGGCACAGGAAACAACAACACAGGCGUCAGUGUGAAGCUGAACAUUCCAAGCGUAUCAGCAACCUCAGGUACUACCACAAGUACAAGUAACAACCAUCUGAGCUCACUCGCAAACCCUGCUGCAACCAAACGUACACCUAUAUCCUCUCCUACAAAGCCGCAAGUACCGCCCCCCCUUAAAAGCCUGCCCACUCCCUUUGCGAGUAAGAAAUCGCCCAAGGUUACCUCACCCGGUAUUGGGCCGGGGCCGACUAAGGUCUAUUCCUCCACAAGUUUCAAUAAGCAGUCACGCGUGGCAUAUAGUGAAGUGAGUGCAGGUCCAAAGCCGAAUGCAAAUGGCUCGGGACUGGGAGGGGGUGCUGGGAAACCGCCUCUGUUGGGUGCCAGACCUGGGAGCUCAACCAAUUUGCAAACUGACAGUAUGAGUACCGGGAAUACUCAUGCCAAUGGGGGCACCGGUAUCAGUCCGACUGUGCGCAAGCAGCAUACCAAUUUAAGUCCCCGGCAGAUCAAUGGCAGGGAUGUCAAUAGGGAUAGGAGCAACAGACUCAUGAGCAGUAGUAAUUUGAGUGUGACCUUGAACACGAACAUAGGGCCAGGCACGCAAUCAACGCGUAGCCCAACGGCCAACAACAGGACAAACACGAACGGGCUCAAGAGCUCGGCCAGUAACAGACCCGUGACCCACAGCAACAGCGGUAUAAACAGGCGACAAGACACACAUAGGGAUAAGAUUAGCAGUAGUAACAAUAGCAACAGAGACACCAACCAAAACGGGUACAACAAGGAUAAACUGGACCGGGCGAAGACGGGGAAUGGCGUGGAUGUAGUCAGCAAUGCGGCCUCGCUGCAGGACAGCAACAGACGUUCUAUCAAUCUGGAAGAACGGUACACGAAGAUCAAGAGUAGGGAACAAUACAAGGAGUACUACAGUAAAUUUGACCGGAAGCACAAACAAUAUGGAGACCUCAUAGAUUGGAAGAAACGGAUAGAGGGCGACUUCAAGGUACUGUAUGAUAAGAAGGUCGAGUACAAAUCAAAGUACGGAGAGAACUCGGACGAGAUCAAAGCCGUGGAAGCAGCAAUACAACAGAAAUACCAGGCCAAUCGAAAGGACUUGGUCGAAAAUGGCGCCAAGCACGAUUCACUUGCUAUGGAGCUCAAGCAUAUCAAAAUGCGCCUCAAGAACUUCCUGGCGACGUAAUGCUUGAACGAGGAUUGGUUAGCAACUGGCGCACUCUCAUGUACAUGCCCUCCAAGCGCACUUUAGUAUAGAAACGAACAACUUAACCCCACAAAGGUGUGUGGACCUACUUAGAAGCACUAGGUGUAUGGACGUACCUAGAAGCACUUUAGUCUAUCUAGUGCUCUAACACUACAACACGGAGAUCGCACACGCACACACUGAUGUUGGCAUAGAAGCAACAUCGGAAGUAAGCUGAUGGAAUCGCAUUCUCAGGAGUGAGCUGGCAUGUCCGCGGGUCGGCGGUAUUCGCGAAAGGGUCCUGACGCCCGCGCUCUUGUCAAUUGAGACACGAUAGUCGACAGGUGAUAUCAAUCCCAGUGGUGAAUGAUCCGAGAGUAUGCCGGAUAAAGAAUUCUAAUCUGGAAACAAGAGGAUCUCGGCCGGAAUAGUAAUAGAACUCGUACAAUCGUAUACUCGACGGACUACCAGACUGUACUCAGGACGACUCCGUAUAUGUAGUGACUAUGAUGCAAUGGAAAAGAAGUUUCAAAAGUACACAGGUGCUUUAUGGCAUUUGGUAAGAACAGGCUCCCGUUAGUGCAUGAUUGUCUAUCAAUUCACUCAGCCGUAAGUGUAUAAGAAAAGGACUUGAGACCACUUGUAGACAAUAUGACUGAAGACAAAAAAGUAAGGAAAGAACGCAAUUAAAAAGGUAGAAAAAAGGUUGUACGCUGGUCAUAGCCUCUUGAAAAGGCACGGUGUACGAUACAAUAGAAUUCUAUACAAUUCAGGAG